AUGUCCUCCCGCAAGUCUACACGCGCCCAUCAGCCAAGCCGUGCUGCUGCUGAGGCCCAGGAGCACGCCGCCGCCAUUGCGGGUGCCGAUCCCAAGCCCAACGGUCGCAAGCGCAAGGCUCCCGCGCUGAAAGCGCCGGCGCCUCGCGCCUCACGUACUGCUUCUGCUACGGCAGCUAUGUCCUCUGCUUCCGCCAUUGGCGCUCUUCCCAUCACGGCCAAGCAAGCCGAACUCAUCAUCGCGCACAAGAAUGCAGCGAGCAAGCGCGCCCCGGCAGCCAAGUCCGCAUCUCGUGCCGCAUCUGGUGCAUCUACGGUCGCGACUGCCGUUGCUGCUGCUAGAGCUGCGAAGUCCAAUCAGGCAGCAGAGGUUCAAGCGCGCAUCAACAGCCUGAUGCAGCAGGAAGAGGACCGUGAGGCCUCGGACGACGGCGAGCUCUCUGACAUGCCGCCCCUCAAGAAAACGCGCAAUAACACUAUCCCCAAUGAGCUCGACGACUUCGGGCUUGAGGUCGAUGAGGCUCUUGAGGUUCUGCAAGCCCACAAUGCGAUGUUUGUUGAUGACGAGGAGGUGCCCGAUAAUGACCUGCAGUUCGAUGAAGAUGCUCAACAUGAUGGUGACGAGAGCGCCGAGCGUAGUGGCUGUGCAUACAAUGAAGAUGACAACGGGAUCGAGCUUGUUGAGGUCGCCCCCACCACACCGAAGAAGGUCAAGAAGCCCGGCAAGGUGACCGAGAGCUUCUUCACGCCUCGCACACGUGCCCUCGCUACGACGGGCAAGUCUGAAGACCGUGCCGCCACCGCCAACGUCAACUCUUUCCCCGGUGAGAAUGCUGCGUUCGAGGCGCUCAUCCGCGCGAUCGAAAAGGCAGCGGGACCAAAUGAGGAGAUGCUGCGCGAUGCUCUCGAGCGCGCGCAGGCUGAUCCUGUUGUCUUCCAAGCGCUGAUCCAGUUUGUGACAUACGGUGGCAUGGGCCUGCGUGGCGAGACUUACGCCAAGACCAAGGACCUCCUCGACGCGUACUAUCAUAUUCCGGGCGAGAAGACGGAGGAUGAGAUUGUCGAUGCUGUCAAGUGGCUUCUACAGGACAUGCGGUACUUGUAUGGGGACACUGACCUUGAGAAGCGGACGUGUGCUCGCAAGGAACCUUUUCAAGCACCUAUCGUCAAGGCCAUCGUUGCCCAGACCAUAUUCGGCAAGGGCAAGGCCAAUCGUGAGGGUGCUCGUCUCAUGAUCCAGGACCAACUCAUUCCAGGAAAUAUGUUCGCUCUUAUUGGGGCCGAGGUCGAGUUUGCUCUCAAGUCCUGGUCGACUGGCACGCUGAACCCCAUCCCAUUUUCCGAGGACGCUGGCCGUGAAUCGUACGUGCGUCAUCUCACAAGUUUCAAUAAGCUUCAAGUCAAGGCACCGCGGUUCGUCGCCUUCAUGCAGCUCAAGCUCCUCAAGAUGAUACUGUAUGUCAUUACUGGCUCCUUACGUGACACUGGCAAGCUUCAUCUUCUCGAUGGAUAUCUUACUGCCGAUGCUGGUCACCUGAAUGGUGUUGACUUUGACGCUCUUGAGGCCUCAGUCGGCGAGGCUGAUGAGGAGUAG